UUCCAACACGAGCACGAGUUUUCAGUAUGCACUUCAGAAUGAGGAUAAAUAUGGCCGUAAUGUCUUCGAUACAAUGUUUCAGUACACAAUCACCAAUCCGCUGGUUCUCAAUCACAUUCGAUCAUGGAUUCUAUCAUCCGCGAUAGCACAGCUGGACAGCUUCUGCGAUGGGUCACUAGGAACAAAGUCCUGCCCUACCCUGAGGAGCGUCCGGACUUUAAGUGCCCCAAUUGCUAUGCAGGAAAUGCCCCGUCGGCGACAAUCUUUGAAGCGGACAGGGAGAAGGACUCGGAUUCCGACCCCGACACCAACGAACGACAAUCUGAAGAUGCUUCUACAUCCGAAACAGCCACCAACUUGAGCCGAGUGCCGUCAAUGACCGAUCUUGAGAAGGUCCGCACUCAAGACGAUCUGGCUCGCCUGUACUCGGUCGCUACGCAGACCGAAGCACUGCAGGCGGCCCCCAGCCGACCUAUAGCGCCAACAAAAACCGACGACGGUACCAUUCUAGUGGACUGGUACACGACUCAUGAUCCGUCCAACCCGCAGAAUUGGUCCUCCGGCAAGAAGCUGUUCGUUGUGACUCAGAUUUACCUCUAUACUUUUGCUGUUUACCUAGGCUCGUCGAUCUAUACGCCCAGCGCUCCGGAAAUACAAACCCGUUUUGGGGUCUCGGCAACUGCCGCAUCUCUGGGGUUGGCUCUGUACGUCCUGGGGUACGGGAUUGGGCCCCUGAUCUUCUCUCCGAUUAGCGAGAUCCCCAGUAUCGGCCGCAAUCCGCCGUACAUCAUUACCUUCGCGCUUUUUGUCAUCUUCACCAUUGGCGCCGCGGUGGUCGACACGUUCGGAGGUCUUCUUGUCCUUCGCUUUCUGCAGGGCUUCUUUGGCAGCCCAUGUCUGGCGACUGGCGGCGCUAGCAUCGGCGACGUGUACAGCCUCUUGAAAUUGCCUUACGGGCUCACCACCUGGGCGGCCUUUGCGACCCUGGGUCCCGCCCUGGGUCCCCUGAUCUCAGGCUUCAGCGUUCCCGUCAAGGGCUGGCGGUGGUCCCUCUGGGAAACUGUCUUGCUGUCGGCCCCAAUUCUCGUCCUCAUGUUUUUCUGCUUGCCUGAAACGUUCCCGGAUGCCAUUCUCCUGCAGCGGGCGCGCCGCCUGCGCCGGGUGUCCGACAAUGACAAACUGCGCUCGCUGUCCGAAAUUAAGCAGAAGCAAUUGACCGUCACCGCCGUGGCGAUGGAAGCGCUGUAUCGACCGUUCCAGAUCGUCUUCCUCGACCCAGCGAUUCUCUUCUUCAACGUCUACACUAGUCUAAUCUACGGGAUCUACUACUCGUUCUUCGAGGUCUUCCCGAUUGUCUACAUUGACAUCUACCACUUCAACCUCGGUGAGAUGGGCCUCGUCUUUCUGAGCAUCGCCGUGGCCCUCGCCAUUGCCGUCCCCCUCUACUUCUUGUAUCUGUACAAGGUCUUCGAGCCCGAGAUCCGUACCCGCGGCCCCGGCGCCCCGGAACGCCGACUCAUCCCCGCGCUAUUUGCCUCCUUCCUCCCGCCGAUUGGACUGUUCAUUUUCGGAUGGACCUCGCGCGCCUCGGUUCACUGGAUCGUAUCGGUGGUCGGAAUCCUGCUGUACACGAUCGGAAUCUUCACCCUGAUCCAGUGCAUCUUUAUCUACAUCCCGAUGACGUACCCGCAGUAUGCGGCGAGCCUGUUCGCCGGGAAUGACUUCAUGCGCAGUGCGCUCGCUUGCGGCGCCGUGCUGUUUGCCCGCCCGCUCUAUCUGAAUCUUGGGGUGGGACAGGGGGUGAGUCUGCUGGCCGGGUUGACGGUGGGCUGCAUUGGCGGGAUGUUCGCGCUGUACUACUACGGGGCGGCUUUGAGGGCUCGGAGCCGGUUUACAGCGAAAUAG